UGUUGUAUACAAUGUAUGUAGGGUUAACUUUUACAUUUCAUGAAAAUUUUACUUUGAACGGCGUUAUUUAACUAACAUAAUUCAAAACAUGCCUCGCGAGAAAUCAUCUCAUCGCGACAAGAGAAGUUCUUCCUAUAGUUCCGAAUCAUCUUAUGAAAGGAAGAAGUCCAAAAGCAAGCACAAGAAACGCUCGCGUUCAAGAGACCGAUCCGUAGCUAGUAGCCAUAAAAGCAAGUCGAGUUCGCACAGGCAUAGACGAAGGAGUUAUUCUAGGAGUUUGUCUCGAGACCGGUAUGAGUCCAAGUCGCGUAGACGGUCUAGUUCGCGGAGGCGUUCCAGUUCGCGUCCGCGCUCGAAGCGGUCUCGGCGGUCGGUGUCGAGAAGCAGGUCCAGAAGCCGUACUAAACACAGUAAGAGCAGCAAGAAGUCGCGCAGGAGGUCUCGCUCUACCAGCAGUCGCUCCAGCUCUUUCGACAUAGAGCCAGCGCAAGGCUUCAAAUCUGUCCGGCUAGAUGACACCGAAACCAAAGUGGAGCAAGCCAUUAAGGCUGCGGAGGCUGCCGGCUUGACCAUGACCAAAAUACCAACUUACGAAUACCCCGAAGUAGAAGUGAAAGAAGACAUGCCGACCAUUCAUGAUAGAAACCUACUAGCCGAGUUGAACAGUGAUGUGUUCAUCCAAAGGUCUUUCACGUCUUCAAAGAAUAAGAAACAGAAUAUUGUAAUAGAUUUGGAUGCAGAAACUAUUAAAGUACCUAAAAGUGAUAUUAAGGUUAACAAUAUGGAUGAUACCAUACUGAAUCUGGAUGAAAUUCCAAGUGAAGAAGAGUUACGAGAAAUGUGGAUAAAGAAACUUUACCAGUACAGGAAGAGAAUGCUGAGGGGAGAAAUAUAAUGAAUUAAUAAAUAAAUUUUUAAACUCUUCUG